UUAGCUCUUCUUACACAAUAAUUUAGGUACCUCGUUAUGUACAUAAUUUAGGUUAUAAAAUUGUCAUAACAAUUGUUACUAAUUGGAAGCUCUUCUUACACAAUCACUCGUUACUAUCAUCAUCAUCUUGUUAUGUUACUAUUAUCAUCAUCUUGUUAUGCUACAUCAAGGUACAUAACAAUUGGUAUCAUCCAGACAAUUCUGUGCAUACUCUGCAAUGGAGCUGCCGGAAGCUACACCACUGCAGCUGAAAGCUUUGAAGAAUGAAGAUAAAGCAAGAAAGGAAUAUGAUAAGUUUUGUGACCUGUAUCGGUUUCAUUAUGAAGGAAAUAACUCUCAAACUCGAGAGUACUAUCUUCAGAAGUUUGCAAAGCUCAUAGACAGAGCAAGGAAGAAGUGUAUAUUGAUACUUUUUAUUAAGGUACUACAUCGAUUCCUCCUGCCGUCGGUGAAGAAGAAGAUGAUUCUCUAGAGGAAUUGAUUCCUUCAUUUUUAUUCGAAAAAGAAGAGAAUGAAGAGGUUACAAAAAUUAGGGUUCAAUCAAUUUCUUCUGUUGUUGACAAGGAAAACGUUGAUUCAACUGAGUCUGAGAGUUUUCAAUUCGAAGAAAUUGUUGAAGCUGCCGUGAACGAUAUUGAAGAGAAAAAUCAGAUCAAAUUUGCUGAAGUAUGGGUUGCUUGAUCAGAUUUUGGGUUUUCAGUUUAGGGUACUCGGUGUUUAUUUUGUUCUACUUCAUAAAGAAGCUUAUACGCUAGGAACUGACAGGUUUACCCAAGUGACUGAAGUCAUGAAUUCAGGUGAUGAUUGUAUUAGACUCUACGACUUUGCUCUUAAGCUGACAUGUGGGUUACUCCAUAAAAUGAUUCACUUGAAGGAGUUUUGGUAUCCCCAGCUGCUCAUCCCUUCAAAUUCCACUGCAUUGAGUCUGGUUUCACAAGAUGAUUCUUUUUGGCAGCUUAAAAUAGUCGAGGUGAGUGGCAAGUCGAUAAUUAAUGAAAGUCUCUUCCUUAACUUCUAUUCCGCGCAUAUAAUUUUUGAUCGUGGAAGAGGACGGAAACUCAUUAAAGGAUAUUUGUUAAUCGACCGUGAGUAUAGAUUCAGUUUUGACAGGGAAAUUACUUCGGGCUCAUUAAUUCUUAAUGUGGGUUCAAUUCCAAUGGCUCACUAUGAAGCAGAAUUGGUACAUGAGCUUAUUAAUAAGCAUGGAUUUACAUCAGAUUCAUUGUUUUGUGGUUCAGUUUUAUUGGUGUUGGUUAAAAAUGUUGAUAGAAGUUGGCUACUUAUCGAAAGAUGGAGUUUGACUAGUGGUGAAACUGAUGUUUUCUUGCGACCUCAGUCUGGUUUCCCUAAUGAUAUAGUAAUUCUACUUGGCGAAUGGUUGAAAGUUCAAGUAUGGGAACAUAGAUGGAUAUCAUGGAAUUAUAGGAGCACACUAUCAGCAAAUUUAUGGAGUCUAGGAAAGUUUCGUGGUACUGGUACUAGGGGUUGUAGACGUUUGUUCCUUGAUGGAAGAAACUACCAUACAGCUACAGACUAUAAGCAACUGAAGACCAUGAUUAUUGACGAGACUGAGACUACUUUACAGAUCUUCAAAUUCUUGCAUUCAACUAGUGAUUUUAGGGGAAUUUGUGACUGUUCUCUUAUGGUAAUUCUCACAAAUGUUAUAAGGAUGGGUAUAUUUCUGCAUUGUCAACCACCUGCACCUGUGAUGUAUGCAGUUAUUACUAUUCUAGAGAGAGAUGAAAUGGUUCUUAAAAUGUUGUUGUGGGUAGGGUACUUGAGGUGGAAAUUCAGAUUGGUUCCACCUGGUUUAUGGAGUAUGACCAGUGACGACAUGACAGUUCUCCAUAUGGGAAAUGAUACUGUUAUUUUUGGUGGUGGUGGUUAUUGGUUGUUUGAUAGAGGAAAAUGGUGUGACUCCAUAUUAUGGCUUUCCGAUUCUAAAAGCUGGAACUAUACAAGUACUUCACAUGUGGCCUAUCGAGCCAGUCAAGUUUUCACUAAUCUUCUACCAGUAUUCAAGUUCUGGGUACCUCAGAAGUAGGGAUUUGUUUCGCACCAUGAUGCUCAGGUUGUGCUGCCUAUUGGGUCUGAACCUAGUUAUCUAGUCGUGGCAAUCGUUGUCUUCAUCCCUUUUAAAGUAUCCCCUCAGGUAAGAUCGCUCUAUGUUGAAGUUUGUGAGCAGCUACAUACUACCUUAUGGAUUACAACCGUGUAUUUUGUUCCUAUUAAACUUUAUAAAGUUCAAGAAAUGGAUAAUCUAAAUUCCGUGCCGGCAUACACUUUCAAGACUGAUGAUUCCAGAGGUACUUGUAUUAGAUUGGCAGUUGAAGAACAUAAUAGUCUCUCCAGGGAAUUAUAUAGCUUCUGGGCUAAAUGUUUCCUCAUUGAGAUUCAAACUCCUAAGGUGUUGGCAUGGCUUGACUACUUGAAGUAGAAAUUCAAGUUAUUUUCUACAGGUUGGUGGCGCGUAGAGAAUAACAGGUUAGUGCUACCAGUGAGAGAUAAAAAAGAUGCAUUUUCCAUUAUGUCAACUGCCAAGGAAGGGGCUCGUAGUAUUCCAAAGAAAAUGGAAGUUUCAUAUGUGCUCCUGAAACUCACAGUUGGAAUUGAAGUGAAAAAGAUAUUGGCAAGGGAUUUGCUUGAAGUAGCUCAGCCAAAGGGGGAUCCACUUUCUGGUAUACCCAACAUGUGGAAUAUAAAUUUUCUGGUGCUACUGUCGCUCGGAAAUACAGUUUGUUGUCAUGGGAUUAUGAAGUGCAAGACGUUUGGCGGCUUAUGAGAAGUUUUGUUAUGCAACGUCGGUAAUCAUUAGCUUGACGGUUCAUCUUGGCCUGAGCAGAGCAGACUACAUACAACUAAGAGUUCAUGGUGCUGCAACAAACGACAUGUUGGCAAGGCAACAGACAACAAAAUGUCAUCAUGUCCCUGUUACGAGAGUGGAGCGGCCCACAUCAUCUUGAUGACACAAAGGCAGCAAACAGUCUUCCCUUGUCAACUUAACAAGACUUUGUUUUUCUUGACCUUCAUCCUUGAGGACAAGGAUGUUCUGAAGGGGAUGGUAUUUGUCAUGUCUUAAGUCUAGGAGGAGGGCGCCAUAUCAUCUUGAUGUCACUAUUUAGUACAAUCCUUAGUUGGUAGCCUGGUUGUCGUUAUCUUUUGAAAUGAAGGGGUUAGAUGUAAUCAUUGGUUGCACAGUAACCGUUAGAUCUAGGGUAGUUUAGUGUAGUGUAGUCGGGUAGAGCUUUAUAACAGUCUCGAGUCUGUAAUGAAAAUCUUAUCAAAUUAUCAAUCUAAAACCUAAAUCGUUUCAAUCGA